AUGAAGAUCAGGCGCGGUUCACCUCCGCGUCGCGUGAGAGGCAGGCCGCGACGCAAGCAAGUUCACCGUGAAGAAACCGAUCAGUUAACUCCUCCGCCACCACCUCCACCUCCUCCUUCUCCAACGCCUCCACUACCUUCUCCGCCAACUUCACCGGAGCAGCAGAGGUCACCGGUGCAUUCACCCGGAGCUUCGGGAGGGGAGACUCCGGCACCUCAAGCACCGAUCUCGGGAGAAGAUGGGAGGCGCUUGAUCUGUAGCGUCGAUGAUAUACGACAGCGAAACGAUUACUUACAGGAACAGUUGGAAUAUUAUCGUUACGAGCAACAUGAUGAAGGGGAGCGCGAAGCGGAAGCCGUGGUUGAAUUUGAACCGUUCUCGGCGGUAGUAAGGGAGGUGGCUAUCCCGGAUAACAUGAAGAAUAUUGUCCUCGAGACGUAUAGCAGGAAAGCUGAUCCCAAGGAGCACCUGCUAUAUUUUAACACAAAAAUGGUAAUUAGUGCAGCUUCCAAUGUUGUAAAGCGCAGGAUAUUUCCAGUUACGUUCAAAGGCACGACCAUGGCGUGGUUCACAACUCUACCCCGAGGAUCUAUCACGAAUUUUCGUGACUUCUCAUCAAAGUUCCUAGUCCAGUUUUCUGCCAGUAAAACCAAGCAGGUGACAAUUGAGGAUCUGUACAAUAUCCGUCAGUCCGAGGGCGAGACUCUGAAGCAGUACGUGAAACGAUUCAGCGCGGCGUCCGUCAAGAUUGAGGAAUCAGAGCCGCAAGCUUGUGCGCGUGCCUUCAAGAACGGGUUGCAGCUAGGGAAGCUGAAUAGCAAAUUGAGCCGUAAGUCGGCUCGGUCCAUGGCAGAGAUCCGCACGCGAGUAAACACCUACAUUCUGGACGAUGAGGAUGAUGCUUUCAAGCGAAGGCGCACGAAAAAGGAGAAGGAUGGCGAACAGAGGGACGCAUCGCCAGAAGGAAAACAGAAUAAGGAGAGAGGAGAGGGCAGCAAGAGGCGAGACAGGAAAGUGAGGAUAGGGGAAAAGGCUAUGAAGGAGCCAUUGUACCCUAAGAGGGAAAAUUUCGAGCGCCGCAGACCGUGGCAUCAGACUGACUCCCUUCGGCGAGAGGAGUUAGAGAAAAGUCUAAAUGCACAUUUGACAGAGCUACUUCGUGAGGUCAAGGUGACCCAUGCAGUUGAGGAAGGCGAGAAAGAGGCCGACCCGUCUCAAGCGGCGUUGGAUAAAAUGAAGUGGUGCGAGUACCACCGCUCAGCAGGCCAUGACACGGGGGAUUUCUUUACACUGAAAAACGAAAUUGAGAGGCUCAUUCGGGCAGGGCGAUCGGUGGAAUGGAGAACGACAGCAGGGAAACCGGUACAAAGGGGGCCGCCAGCAGGACGACCGCCGCCGUACGCAAACCACUGA